AUGGCAACCCACAAAGCUUUAGUACUACAUUCCCGCGACAAGCCACUCGUCCUUGAAGAUGUCCCUCGUCCGACAGCCAAAGCUGGCCAAGCAGUGGUGCGCAUCUUGGCCGCUGAUAUGGUGCCUUACAUGUCCCAAGUCCUGGACGGCUCUCGCCCAUACCCUCUAUCGCUCCCUAUGACUCCCGGCAACACGGCCAUCGGCAGAGUGUCUGAAGUUGGGCCCGAUGCUGUACAGCUCACACCAGGCCAGUUGGUCUUCUGCGAUAUCACAAUUCGAGCCCGAGACAAUCCAUCCGUCACUAUUCUAUAUGGGAUUCACGGUGGUGGCUAUCCCGCGGCCCAGAAGCUCAUGGACGGAGAAUGGAGGAAUGCGACCUAUGCGGAAUAUGCUAGGUUCCCGCUGGAGAACUUGUAUCCGCUCAAUGAAGAGCUUUUACUGAACAAACUCGGCUAUAGCAUCCAUGAUCUGUGUCUUAUGCCGGUAUGUCUUGUUCCUUUUGGAGGACUAUCGGAAGUUGAUGUCAAGCCAGGAGAGGUCGUGAUCGUGGCUCCAGCGACUGGCCGUUAUGGAGGCGCUGCGGUCGCUGUGGCGCUUGCCAUGGGUGCUACCGUUGUAGCUGCCGGUCGAAACACUGCAGCCCUAAAGACACUUGAGGACAUACACUCUACUACUCGUUUGAGGACAGUGGCGCUCACUAGCGAUCCCGCGCGCAACACCGAGCUGCUUCGUGCCGCAGCUGCAAAGCCCGAUGGGGCAGAUGCAUAUAUUGACUUCUCACCACCAGCUGCUCAGGGUAAUUCGCCUCUAGCUUCUGCGGUAGGUGCUCUACGCGCCUUUGGGCGAUGUGCCAUUAUGGGUGGGACACCAGGAAAUAUUGAAAUUCCGUAUCUCGAGGUCAUGUUCAAGAGCAUCCGACUCCAGGGCCGUUUCAUGUAUGAUCGGCACCACAUACAGUGUCUUAUACAAAUGAUUGAAUCGGGACUGCUUCCAUUGGGGGCGAAAGCAGGUAUUCAUGAGACACAAGAAUUCGGCUUAGAGUCUGUCCAGGGAGCCCUUCUGGCAGCUGGGAAACUGGCAGGGUGGGGUGGACAUGUCGUUUUAAAUCCAUAG